AGACGGGUGGUUGCAACCGAUGCCAACAUGUUGAACCACCAGCCCGGUUCGGGACAAAUCUCCUUCCAAUGGCGCCGGCGUGAUAGGAUGACAGCCAUAGAUACAUGCACUUCAUGGCUGAUUGAACCUAUGCAAUGGAUGGCUGAGGUCGUCAAUGGCGAGCUUCAGGGCAAGGUUGUCUGUCCCAAAUGCAGUCAUCGCCUGGGAUCCUUCAACUGGGCCGGCGCGCAAUGUUCUUGUGGAGCCUGGCUUACCCCUGCCUUUCGAAUCAACAAGAGCAAAGUGGAUUAUAUUACCCGUCAGCCA